AUGAGAGCUGUUUUCGGGCGCUCACGGCGUCGUAUGGCCGAUGCGACCGCCCACGCCAACUCGGGCCACCCGGGUGCCCCAAUGGGCAUGGCACCCGUUGCCCACGUCCUCUUCAACCGUUUCUUGCGGUUCAACCCUAAGAACCCCCAGUGGCUCAACCGGGAUCGCUUUGUCCUGUCCAACGGGCAUGGCUGCAUGCUCCAAUAUGCUCUCCUCCACCUUUACGGCUAUGCCGUCUCUCUGGAUGACCUGAAGGCGUUCCGGACUGUUGACAGCAUCACCCCCGGCCACCCCGAGGCGCACGACACCCCCGGCGUGGAGGUCACCACCGGCCCGCUCGGCCAGGGUAUCAGCAAUGCCGUCGGUCUUGCUAUGGCCCAGGCGCACACCGCUGCCGUCUUCAACAAGCCGGGGUUUGACCUGGUUGACAACUAUACCUACGCCUUCCUUGGUGACGGUUGCUUGAUGGAGGGUGUCUCGUCCGAGGCCUGCUCGCUGGCUGGCCACCUCCAGCUUGGCAACCUGAUUGCCGUCUGGGACGACAACAAGAUCACCAUUGAUGGGGACACCAACCAGGCUUUCACUGAGGACGUUAUGAAGCGGUACGAGUCGUACGGCUGGCACGUCCUGACGGUCGAGAACGGCGAUAGCGAUCUCGCUGGCAUCGAGGCCGCCAUCAAGAAGGCCCAGGAGGUCAAGGACAAGCCCACCCUUAUCCAGCUCAAGACCAUCAUUGGCUUUGGCUCGAAGCAGCAGGGCACCCACGGUGUCCACGGCUCUCCCCUCAAGGCCGACGACAUCAAGCAGCUGAAGGAGAAGUUCGGCUUCAACCCUGAGCAGAGCUUUGUCGUCCCCCAGGAGGUGUACGACCUCUGCAACAAGGCGGCCAGCUCCGGUGCCGCCCACGAGGAGGAGUGGAACAAGCUGUUCGCCAAGUACGCCGAGCAGUACAAGGCUGAGCACGCCGACCUGGCCCGCCGCCUGAAGGGUGACCUUCCUGAGGGCUGGGAGAAGCACCUCCCCACCUACACCCCCGCCGACCCUGCCGUUGCGUCCAGGAAGCUCUCCGAGACCGUCAUCAACAAGAUCUUUGACGCCAUCCCCGAGCUUGUCGGUGGUUCCGCUGACUUGACUGGCUCCAACCUGACCCGGUGGAAGGGAGCCAUUGACUACCAGCCCCCCUCGACUGGCCUCGGCACCUAUGCCGGCCGGUAUAUCCGCUUCGGUGUGCGCGAGCACGGCAUGGGCGCCAUCAUGAACGGCAUGGCCGCCUACGGCACCGUCAUCCCCUACGGCGGUACUUUCCUCAACUUCGUCUCCUACGCUGCCGGCGCCGUCCGUCUUUCUUCUCUCUCCCGGGUUCGCGUCUUGUGGAUUGCGACACACGACUCGAUCGGCCUCGGCGAGGACGGCCCUACUCACCAGCCUAUUGAGACCCUUGCCCACUUCCGCGCCCUGCCCAACUGCAUGGUUUGGCGCCCGGCGGACGGCAACGAGACCAGCGCUGCUUACUACGUGUCUCUCGUUUCCAAGCACACUCCCAGCAUCAUGGCGCUCUCGCGCCAGAACCUGCCGCAGCUCGAGGGCUCUGUCAUUGACAAGGCUAUCAAGGGCGGCUACGUCCUCCAUGAGCAGGAGGGCGCUGACAUCACCCUGGUGUCGACUGGCUCCGAGGUGUGCAUCUGCGUUGACGCUGUCAAGGAGUUGGCCGAGAAGCACAACAUCAAGGCCCGCGUUGUCUCGAUGCCCUGCUUCGAGGUGUUCGACACCCAGUCCAAGGAGUACCGUCUCAGCGUUCUCCCCGACGGCAUCCCGUCGCUGUCGGUUGAGGUCAUGAGCACCAUGGGCUGGGAGAGGUACACUCACGAGCAGUUUGGCCUCAACCGCUUCGGUGCCUCGGGUCCUUACAAGGAUGUGUACAAGGCAAGUUACACCGACCCCUCUGUUUUCACCCCUGAGGGCAUUGCCAAGCGGGCGGUCGCUACCGUCAACUUCUGGAAGGAUGUGCCCAACAUCCGCUCGCCCAUCAACCGCGCGUUCCAGCAGAUCCUCUAA